GGAGGAGAAGGCGCUUGCUUCUGUGCGCUGCUUCCCAUUCCAUGCCAGCAAACCAGCCACUCUGCAGUCCCCCUCCCCAUCAGAUCAGCAGCAGCAUCCCUCUCCCCCUCCCUCCCUCUCUCUCCCCCUCCCCUUCUGUUUUCCUCCCUCAUUCUCUCACAUACACAGCGGGCAGCAGCUGCUGCUGAGCUACAAUGAAUGAGCAUCAAGCGCAGGGGCACAUUAGCCCUUCCCGGCACUGUCGCCCGGAGCUGCCGAUGGAUCCCUUAGGAAGAUUCAAGAAUUAGACAGGAAGGAAAGAAAGCCUCACUCUUCAUUGCCAAAAGAAAAAAAAAUCUGGGGGAAAAAUCAGGAGAGAAGACUGAAAUUCGACAGCCUUCCCUUCCUCUCCCUCGGGGAUGAUCCAGGAUGGGUGGUCUGCGGUCCAGGGUGAGGUGCCCUGAAUGGAUCCUGCCGAACUGCAUCCAUUGUGCAGAAGAGAAAAUACAAGUAACCGCAGCCUCUAGUCUGUGAGUGUCGCUGCUACAGCAACAUUCGCCCGGGAAGGAAGAAGCCCUCAUGCCUGUCAGAGCCAUCACUUUUACCUGCUAGUCGAAGGUGGGCAGGAGCAACUGGUUCAAGAUGGCUAACAGGCCCAAAAUUAGCGAGGCGCUGAAGGUGGUGGUCCGCUGCCGCCCGAUGCACAGGAAGGAGGAAGCUGCUGGCUAUGAGCGAAUCUUGGACAUGGAUGUGAAGCUGGGCCAAGUGACGAUCCGGAACCCUAAAGCCUCGCUGGGCGAGCUGGCAAAGACGUUCACCUUUGACGCUGUUUAUGAUGCCAGCUCCAAGCAGGCAGACCUGUAUGACGAGACUGUACGGCCCCUGGUAGAUUCAGUUCUGCAAGGGUUCAAUGGCACCAUGUUUGCCUAUGGUCAGACUGGCACUGGGAAAACUUACACUAUGCAAGGGGCCUGGGCUGACUCUGAGAAGAGAGGAGUCAUCCCCAACUCUUUUGAGCACAUCUUCACCCACAUCUCUCGCUCACAGAACCAGCAGUACUUGGUCAGAGCUUCCUACUUGGAGAUCUAUCAAGAGGAGAUCAGAGAUCUCCUGGCCAAAGACCAGAGUAAGAAGAUGGAGCUCAAAGAGAACCCUGAAACCGGUGUUUACAUCAAGGACCUUUCAUCAUUUGUGACGAAAAAUGUGAAGGAAAUAGAGCACGUCAUGAACUUGGGGAACCAGAACCGGUCAGUGGGCAGCACCAACAUGAACGAAUACAGUUCUCGCUCACACGCCAUCUUUGUCAUCACGGUGGAGUGCAGCGAGAUCGGCCCAGAUGGGGAAGACCAUAUACGGGUAGGAAAGCUCAACCUGGUGGACUUGGCUGGGAGUGAGCGGCAGAGUAAGAUGGGGAUUCAAGGGGAAAGACCUAAAGAAGCAUCCAAGAUCAACCUUUCCCUCUCUGCUUUGGGCAACGUCAUCUCAGCCCUGGUGGACGGCAAGAGCACCCAUAUUCCCUACAGGGACUCCAAGCUCACCCGCCUUCUUCAGGACUCCCUUGGUGGCAAUGCCAAGACCAUCAUGGUGGCCACGCUGGGCCCAGCCUCCCAUAGCUACGACGAGAGCUUGUCUACUCUCCGAUUUGCCAACAGGGCCAAAAAUAUCAAGAACAAACCCCGGGUCAAUGAGGACCCCAAAGAUACCCUGCUGCGGGAGUUCCAAGAGGAGAUCAUACGUUUGAAGGCCCAGCUGGAGAAACGGGGGAUGCUGAGCAAGAAGAGGAGGAGGAACAGCCGGAGGAAGAAGACGCUAGAUUGGGAGGGAACCCCUGAGGCUGAAGAACUGGAGGACAAUGAGGACGGGGGUCUGGAGAAAAACAUGAAAAAUUACUUGAAGGAGCAAAAGGAGAGAUUGGAGGAGGAGAAAGCGGCUAUCCAGGAUGACCACAGCUUGGUGAAUGAGGACAAGCAGAAGCUGUUGGAAGAGAAGGAGAAGAUGAUUGAGGAGCUGAGGAAAGAGCAAGAGGCCACGGAACUAUUAGCCACAAAGUACAAGGCAAUGGAAAGCAAGUUGCUGAUUGGUGGGAGAAACAUCAUGGACCACACAAAUGAGCAACAGAAGAUGCUGGAGCUGAAGAGGCAGGAGAUUGCAGAGCAGAAACGGCGAGAGCGGGAGAUGCAGCAGGAAAUGCUCUUGCGGGAUGAGGAGACCAUGGAGCUCCGGGAGACAUUUACUUCCUUGCAGCAAGAAGUGGAGAUCAAAACCAAGAAGCUGAAAAAGCUCUAUGCCAAGCUCCAGGCUGUGAAGGCAGAAAUCCAGGACCAACAUGAUGAAUACAUCCGUGUGCGACAGGAUCUGGAAGAGGCCCAGAAUGAGCAGACCCGAGAGCUGAAGCUCAAGUACCUAAUCAUUGAAAACUUCAUCCCCCCUGAGGAGAAGAACAAGAUAAUGAACCGCCUCUACUUUGACUGCGAGGAGGACCAGUGGAAAUUCCAGCCCUUGGUGCUGACUGGAGGAGGCGGCUGCAGCAUCAGCGGCAGCGGAAACACUCAGAUGAAGAAGCGGCCAACCUCUGCAGUGGGCUACAAGAGGCCAAUCAGCCAAUACGCUCGCCUGGCCAUGACAGUGGGCUCCCAUCCUCGGUACCGGGCUGAGAACAUCAUGAUUCUGGAACUGGAUGUCUCCCCUCCAGCUGUGUUUGAGUUCGAGAUCACGCAGGACCCAAGUGAACUUGACCCACGAGCACUGCACCUGGAGAGGCUCAUGCGCCUGGAUAGCCUCUUGGAGCGGCCGGCUGCAUCCCGGGUGCGGAAGUCACGGUCUUGGUGCCAGAGUUCUCGUUCCCUGCCAUCGUCAGCGACACAUGUAUCCCUUGCCUCCAGCUCACAGAAACCCUCCACAACACUGGCUCACAAGUAACACCCCUUUGCCCUUCCGACGCACACGGAGGACUGCGCUCCUUCUCCCGCCGCUGGUUGCCUCCGAAAAUGUGUGCUCCAGGGACGGGCUUCGCCUGCACUAACUCUUCUUUGUCUUUAGCUACUUCUAGUGUGUUUGCGUGUCUGUAAGAGAUGACGGCUUCCCUGGGGCCCACGUCCCGUCCUCUCUGGAUCUGUCAUUCUAUUUAUUUAACAUAUUUAUUUAUGUUGUGUCUUUGUGACAACACGGGGUUCCAGACUGGGCAGCAUCCUCAGUUAGUGGAAAGCAGAGUGCCGACUGCUCUCCUGCCAAUGUCGGAGUGGCUGCACAACGCACAAUGUCCCUUGAAGAAGACUGUUACUUUUUCAUCGCUCCAAUGAUGCUCUGUUGAGUCCCCCUGUGGCAAACCGUUGAUCAGUGAGAGGAAGCCGAACAAUCUGCAUUUAGCUCCAGUAGCAGUGUAGAGCUCCCUCUGUGUUCUUCAGGAUUCCAGAAGUCGUGGUCUGCUUUGUUGUACCCACUAUGCAGUUGGACAGGACUUGGUGGCAGGAACAAGGUCACAUCAAUCACAGAAACUCCUUUUCUUCUCACCAGAAGAGCAUCGGUCGCAUCGUCACCUUCUGUUCGCCACUGUCAUUCACAGGGCUAGCUCCAUGUUGUAGAGAAAUGGGCUGGGCAUGGAUUAUGCAAGCUGAGUUUUGAGAGGGUAACCAAAACAUCUUAAUAACUUCAUGGCACCUUCUCACUCACACCAGCUUCAGAUAAGCAGCCUUUUCCAUCCACCCAAUGAGUUUAAAACCAAGUUGGUCAAGGUCUUAUGCAUCUGCUGUCUUGAAGCAAUAUCCUCUAUAUUCUUACUGGGGAUGAGACAAUCUGUAGCGGGUCUGCAACCUGCGGCUCUCCAGAUGUUCAUGAAAUACAGUUCCCAUCAGCCCCUGCCAUAGCGCGUAGGAGAUUUCCUGGCAGAGAGGAAGGAAACCCAGAACUCACUGAUCCCCUGUAACUGAGUGUCAGACCUAAUGAGAUACUGGGAAUUCCAUGAGGGGAGUUCCUAGCAUUUUUUAAAAAACAGCUGACAUGCAGGUCCCCAAGGCGUACCCCCAAGGACCACAGUAUGGCAGGAAGGUAUUAAGGCGUUUCCCUUCCAUCAUUUCCCCCAUCUGAAACAGCUUCACGGAACUGCGGAUUAUCUCACUGGACAAGCAUAACGGAAUUUGUUGCAGGAAUGCUUGCACCAAAAGGACAAAUAGCAAUCCCGUGCAGUUUGUUUGAGUAGGGAAAAUGGUGAAGGGGACACAUGAGCACAUGAAGCUGCCUGGUACUGAAUCAGACCCUUGGUCCCUUAAGGUCACUACAGGCUACUCAGACUGGCAGCAACUCUCCAGGAUAUCAGACAGGGGUUUUCACAUCACCUCCUGCCUUAUCCUUUCAACCAGAGAUGCCAAGAAUUGAACCUGGGACCUUCUGCAUGCUAUUGAGAUGCUCUAGCACUGUGCCACAGUCCCUCCCAAGUCAAGGUUUAACCCUCAUCUAAUCCCAAAUUGAACUGGAGUCCCACAUGCCAGCAUAUUCCAUAUAUGGAAUUCCCAGACCCCUGAACAAGUUUCCCCUAAAACAGGUCAAUCUCAUUCAGUACACUGAAGGGAAAGUUGGAGAAAUUAGGAAAAGUGAGGUAGAAUUAUUCUGCUCUAAAACAUCCCACACAGUUCGGUAUGUUUUCUUUCCUGGAGGUUGCUGUUGGUCACCGCUGAACAAUGGACUAUCCAGAGGAAAUAAUUGUUCUUGUUUUACUCCAUCUCCCAUUUUACCCUCUCACUUGUUUAUUCUGCACAUUAAGUACAAAUCCGUAAUCACCCGUUUCUAGAAUCCAGUUGGUAACUGCCACUGUUUUUAGCACAGAGGUCCUCAAGCUGCAAGGUGUGGCUACUGCUUUUGCCAUGAACUUGCUUCUUGCAGUAGCUGCUAACUGUUCAGUUCCAGGCAGCCUCCAUCUUUCUGUGGGAUGCAGCACAUAUAAAUCCCAUAUGGCACCCAAGGUUUGCCAUUAGCAACCACCAGGAGCAUCAGAGAAUAACAUAAGAGCCACGGUGACAUGAAGAAAGGUGGACCUGAUGUGGCUGGACUUGUUCGGAGAUGGGAAGAAAGAAAGCACAGAGACCCCAUGGCCUACAACAGUUUAUGAUGUCGAUGGGCCUCUUCCACAUUAGGAGGCCAAGGAACAGAGACGCCUAGUGAAAACAGGACUUCUUACUGGGCAUACCUCAGAGUGAUAGCAAAGUUAUAGCAGAGAGAGAUCUGCCUGUCUGAACACAGAUGCACAGCAUGUAAAAUUGGAGCAAGGGUGGGGGAGACACUGGCUCUGCUUUUCUAGGCCUCGCUAUCAGUAAUUGUAUGCGGGCCUCAGUUCCCAUCUUCCUGUUGCCUAGCCAUUGCUGGGAUAUUCCUUCCCAUGGAUUCUGUUGACAUUUCAGCUUGUGUUGACACUCAGGGUGUACUCAAGAUGGUUUAACAUGGAUUACUGUGUUGGUCUUUCUUUAAUUACCUUUCUGCCCUAAGAGGGUGGUGGAAGGAUGAGUCCUUGUCAUUUUUACAAUGCAUGCUUGUGGGUGCAUCAGGAUUUGAAAUCCUUGAUUUGUGAUGAGGACAGAACUGGGAGUGGUAGUUAUUCCUGAUUUAUUAGUGUGGACCAGGGGUUUUUUACUGAUGUAUUAUCUGCUUCUGAAAGCCAUAAGCCACUGCAAGGUGGCUCAGAGCACAGGAAGGGAAGGGGGUAUUGUCUUGUGGGGCUUUUAGCAAGGAAAUGACAACUGCCUACUUCCUAGAAUGUUCGGAUCAUGUUAUAGACAAGAAAAACAUGGAGGCCCCUCACAGUAUAGUGUUACGCAGUUUCACUGUGUACAGUGUGCCAGUCUGUCUUUGAUUGGCUGCCUCAGGGGCUCUCAUUUAUCCCGUGCCCUUGCCGUUUGUUGUAGCUGCUGUCACUCUAAUCAUGCUUGCCUUGUUUCCUCUUGGUACGCUGCACAUGAUGUAGAAAUCAUGGUGGCCAGACUAGGAAGACCACCAGAACACCACAAGAAGUGGAAAUGUUGUGGGGACAAUGAUGGAAAGGGAACUGGAAGUUUUGGUGGAUAAGUCUGAGUGGGUCUGAUGCUUUCAGGUCACUUACUGAAGAAUAGCACAGGUGUUACAGAAAAACCUCCCAUCUCGUCCAUCUUUCUGUCAGCGGAGUUUGAACUGACCCAGUCAAUACUUCCUCGCCUUUGAUUUCUAGUCUCUCUUAAACAUGUGCGCUGACCUGGAACUCGAAUCAAGCACUUCUAGAUCUUCUAGGUUUACUGUACAGCACAACAACCACACACAGCAAGGGGGCUUGAAACUUUAAGUCUGGCCAGUGUCUUAUCUGCAAACCAAUUGCUCAUGGCCUUUAAGGAUUUAACAAUUUUCCUGCUAACCCUGCUGUCUACUUGGACAUGCCAAUAACUGGGCUGUUCCUGCCCUUUGGACUUUGUUUACCAUGGGAUAUAAAAGAGUAUAUUUGGAGAUACAUAGCCCAGAAGACCAGUCAGGACAAAAGACACCCAUCCUUCCCAGUAGCCAAGGCUGGAGACAUCUGUUCUGUCUGAGUCGUUUUCUAUACCAAUGGGGGCGGCCACCAUAGAAGAUGCAGUGGAACAGAACUCUUUACACCCAACCUGGAUUCGAAUUGACUAUAAAUGGGUUGGGGCCAGAUUGAAUCUCCUGCCCUACAGGUUUUGACUUUAGGAAUUUGGCAGAGUCUCUCCAUAGUUAGUUCCUCCCCAGUGGCAGUGCCCUUGUGCACAGGCGAGGGGCACAGCAAGCUACUUCUAACGCCAAAGUGCCCCUUUGAUACUCCCGCCACGUAUUGUGUCUGACGAUCUCUAGCAUUUUGUUUCUCUGUCCACUGCUGUGCUGCCAAUAACCUCAGAUGACUUCCUAGCACAAAACCCAAGGACAACGAUUAAGAAAUUCUGUUCACUUAAGACAAGAACAGCUGAGUUAGCUGUGGGAUUCCCUCCUGCCUCUUUCAAAUAGGUCAGGUUGCUCCCAGGGCUCAGCUGUGGCAACCUCAGAUGUAAAUUUCUGAUGUUCUUUGUUCUUUGUAUGUUGGCGAGUCUGUAUUUACAUAUGAAUGUGUGUGGUGGAUGCGUAUGUUGUGUGGGUGAGUACGGGUGUCCACCCUGGGAAAAUUAUGAAAUUACUGUCUAUGUGGAUGACUGGAGAGGGGACAAAUUCCAGAGGGGGUGGGUCACAAAGUGGGAGGGAUUGGUUGAUUGGCAAGAUGAGGGCCUCAACUGGGACCAAAAUCUUUGUGCCUGUUGCUGUGGUGGUUUAUUUAGAAAGUCAAAAGUUGGUGUACAGUGGCCCAUGCUUGUCGCUCUAUACAUAUGAAUAUACUGGACAUAUUAUGCAUAGAUAUAUUAUACAUAAUUUACUGGCAGAGGUCGUUGUCCCAUACCCCCUCUGGUUCUGGAUGGUAAAGCUCUUCAGUACUCUGUAACGUUGCUUUGAAUUAGUGCUGUCCCGACCAGUGCUCUGGCAGCACCAUUCCAAAAAUUUCAAUCAUGACAAUAAAGGAAUGAGCAUUGUUGCGA